CAGAAGUUGGUUUCAAUUAGAUAAUGGGGGCGUGACAGUCAGUAGCAGGCUUUUGUGCUGCCAGUGGCACAUUUGACGCAAUGUCAAAGAGGGUUGAUUUCACCCCGCAGGAGAGACGUGAGAACCUUCGUGGUUCCAACCCUGUGGAUGUGUUGCCCGAUUUGGGUCCCAUCCCGAGGGAUCCUGAUGAGAGGAGAUUUUUCUACGCUCAAGCUGAGUCAGCUGUCUACAGGGACGGUAAAGGAGCUUGUUAUCAACAGAGUGGCAACAUGAGUUGCGAUCACGACGUGUCUUACAAAGCGCAUCAAAAACUCGGCGUCUCGAUGGAGAAGGUCAAUGGACACACCAACUGUUCAUAUGGGAAGGCCAAUAUUAAUUCAGGUAUUGGAGAUGCGUUCGACAUAGAGCUUGACAGGAAAUCGGGCAUGCAUGUGGAGUCAGACCGGUCGCGGCAAAGCCGCUUGAGUAUUGCGGCCGACGCUCGCAAGGGCAAUUCAAGCGCUGAAAUUUUUGCUUCCGGCGCCUUGCAAGCUAAGCUGAGACUUGGGGAAGUAGGCAACACUGGAUUGCAUUAUAAGCAGGUACGGACCAGCAGAACCCCACUUGUGGGCCUGGGGCAGGACCUCAAAAGUGUCAACGCCAAUUUUAGUCCUGACACCGGGUUUGCAAACAUGUACUUGUCGGAUGAUAGUGAGUACCAAAGCGUGAAAAGAAUGCCAUCAAGAUCAAAAAUCUCAGUCUAUGCUGAAAGCAACUCUCUGCGUCACUCACCGCAGGAUCACGUCCGGUUCCUCAUUAAGAACAAGGUGCCACUGGCAAUACGGGGCGAGAAAAGGUAUUGGCCAUAUAAGAAGACGGGUGCGACCAAGAAGAAACAGGUUCGCAAGCACGACCUAAAGCGAAACAACAAGGCCCUUGGCAAGGCAGCAGAAAGGAGAACCAAGAGACGCAGGCUGAACUCCUCCAGCAAGGCGACAGCUGGCAACUGUGCACGGCCACUCAAGGAGCAAGGCGUUCCAGAGCUUAAGGGCAGCAAGGGCAGCACGGCUCAGAUUGUUCAGGAGAAGAACCAGGAGGAGAACAAGGCCACACACCUUCCAAAGGCUGAAGCAGAGGUGAGGUGCAGUUUCAUGAAUCAUAACUUCAUCAAAAGAACCUUUUGGAAACUGUCACCUACUGCUAAUGGUUCUUGGACAGCCUCUGCAGGGAGAGGCCUUGCUGGGUCUCAGCUCUGUCAGUGAGUGCCAGGAAGUUGAAAAAUCUGCGCUGUCAUUCGACGAUGUGUUGCUGCUUGACUCCUGCAAAUGGAAUAGUAAAUAACAUGUACGCUGUAAACUCCAAAGCCAUUACCAUGGAAUUGGAGUGACAAUACUCAGUAGCAGUAGCAGUUAUGUUUGGGGUCGUUUUGAAAUGUCAUAGAGUCAUACGCGCCUAUUAUUCAUAUCAUAGGGC